CUUCCCGUUCGCCUGCUUUGUUCCUUCCUCUCCCUCCUUGCUUGCGAGUCCAUCGAUUCGCCUCCACUCUUGAAUGCGGCAGAGGACUUAUAGAAGGACCUCCGCAACAUUCUCUACGGCCGACAGCUAGACACUCUGGUCUAUCCUUUCACUCCUAAUAGCACUCAUUCGUUUAUGGGCAGGCAGCAUACAUAGGGAACGCAAAUACGACUAAUUGAAUUAUGCUUCUUACCAAGGCCUUCGCGGCCGCCCUCACAGCUGCAGGUCUACUGUUCCAAAAUGCGAUAGCGCACUCUGUACAACGAAGAUCGCUGUCCUAUGUAACGCGCAUUGAGGACAUCAACAUCCAAACACCAUCUCAUCGGGUGCACGCCCAUACCUCAUUCGACGUCACAUUCCACCUUCACAGCAAGCAUCAAAUUGUCCGUCUCUCAUUGGACCCAAACACAGAUCUCUUCAGUGAUGACGCAGCGAUCCAACAUGUCGGUGUCGAUGGUACAAUCACCAAGGUCGAACCGCUCGACAGGCGAGCGAUCCGUGUGUUCAAGGGAGAGAGUUGGGUCAAGGAGGACGGCUCGACCGAAUGGAAGCAUGUGGGCUGGGCUCGAAUCAGCUUGAUCCGCGAUGGGAAAAAUCCCAUCUUCACGGGCGUAUUCACCAUUUUAGGAAACCACCAUCAUGUCAAGACUGCCAGUUCGUAUCGAGCGCUCGCGAUCGAGGGCGACCCCGAAGUCGACGAGGAGGAUGACGACUACAUGGUUGUUUGGCGUGACACUGAUCUCAGCCCCGAGCCUGGCCAUGUCGAUCUCAAGCGUGAUCUGGGCAGCAUGGAAACCUGCGCCUCUGAUGACCUUCUUUCCAACCAGGGUUCCAACAGCCUUGUGUAUCGGGCCUUUAACCAGCCUCUGACGGAAGGCGCAUCUAUCAACCCUCGGGCUCUGUUUGGGCGGCAGGAUCAGAUCGGUGGAAACGGUGCUGGUGUCAACUUGGCUGGGUCGAUUGGUUCGACGCAGGGAUGUCCGACUACAAAAAGGGUUGCCUUGAUCGGUAUCGCCACCGACUGCGGUUACACUUCCAAGUUUAGGAACAAGGAGGAAGUGCGAGCCAACAUCAUCGAUAUCGUGAACUCGGCCUCGGAGUUGUAUGAGAGAACAUUCAACAUCUCGUUGGGUAUUCAGAACUUGACCAUCAGCGAUGCUCAGUGCCCAGGCACACCCCCCCCAACCGCGCCCUGGAACACGCCCUGCAGCGACAGCAUUACUAUUACUCAGCGUCUGAGCCAGUUCUCAGAGUGGCGCGGCCGAUGGGAAGGGGAUGGCAAUGCUUACUGGACGCUGUUGACGAGCUGCGGGACUGAUAAUGCCGUUGGCCUGGCUUGGUUGGGUGCUGUCUGCCAGCGUGGAGCCACGCAACAGGGGAACGAGACCACGGCUGCUGCCAAUGUCGUUGUACGGACAUCCACCGAAUGGCUUGUCUUUGCCCACGAGACUGGACACACCUUUGGAGCUGUUCAUGACUGCGGACAGGGUUCAUGUUCCCGCGGCGAAGACAAGCAGUCACAGUGCUGCCCACUGUCGAGCCAGUCUUGCGAUGCACAGGCCAACUUUAUCAUGAACCCUUCGACAGGCAGCGGCAUCACGCAGUUUUCACCCUGCAGUGUAGGCAACAUCUGCAGCUUCCUCGGGCGUAGCUCCCAGCGAGCCAGCUGUCUCGUCAGCAACAGGAAUCUCAUCACCAUCACUGGCCAGCAGUGUGGAAACGGCAUUGUUGAAGCUGGCGAGGACUGCGACUGCGGCGGGGAGCAGUCCUGCGCGGGCAACCCAUGCUGCGACCCCAAGACUUGCAAGUUCACCACGGGCAGCCAGUGUGAUUUCUCCAACGAUGAAUGCUGUACUGGCCAAUGUCGUUUCGCGGCCCAAGGGAGCGUCUGCCGUGCCAGCACCGGUCCUUGCGAUCCUGAGGAGAGGUGUUCAGGGACAGCAGCUGCUUGCCCAGCUGAUGAGAGCCGUCCAGACGGAGAUAGCUGCGGUGAACCUGGCGCUGGCCUGCAGUGUGCUUCUGGCCGCUGCACAUCCCGCGACCUUCAGUGCAAGACGAUGAUGGGCCGUUUGACCACAAACAACGAUACCUACUCAUGCUCGAGCAGCGGCUGCACCUUGUCUUGCCAGUCCCCCGAGUUUGGGCCCAACACUUGCUUUUCCAUGCGACAGUACUUCCUCGACGGGACCCCCUGCGAAGGUGGUGGCAAGUGCUUCAACGGUAACUGCCAGGGUACACAGCUCGGCAAGCAGGUUCUCGACUGGAUCAACGACAACAAGCCAAUCUUCAUCCCGGUGGUUAUCGUUGUCGGUCUUCUCUUCCUCAUGGCCGUCUGCAGCUGCCUGUUCAGCUGCUGCCGGAAGUCGAGCAGAAGCCAGCGCAAGAUUCCCAAGCCGGUACCGCCACCAUACCCCUACGGCAACGGAAUGCCCGCCAUGCGUGGACCAGCACCGGGGCAGCAAGGGUAUCACCAACCACAGCAGCAAGGAUGGGAGCCAAUGCGCUCGACGCCGUAUCGUUAUGCCUAAUGAUAAAUAUCUCGUUGGUUUAUUUUUUUGGUUUUUUUUUGGUCGGAAACAGGAAAGGGGCAUAGAUCAUUUUGGCAGGGAGGUUUUUUCUUGUUUGGAUUUUGCCUGCUGGACACACACAACCGAACCCCCCCCUCCCUUUUUUUUUUUUUUUUUUUUUUUUUUGCAUGCAUUAAGAUGGCGUUUAAUCUUUUCUCGUCUCUCCUUUUGUUUUCUGGAUCCUGUCCUCAAACGAGGUGGACAGGGCUUGUCGAUAUCUUACCCCUCUUCUCCCGGAGGAUUAAGGAAGUCAAAAUUAUGAGGAUAUGAUUUCUUGUCUGGAGUAUAAGCUGGUUGUAUAUGGUCUUGGCAUCUUUGUAUAGGAAGUACAGGACUAAGGUGUUGCACGAUGUGUGUUGGCUUCUUGUACAAGAUGUCCUGGGUGAUCGCGAUAUUUGUAUGUAGUGCAGAGAAAGAGAGAGAGACACGUAUCAAAUGGGUGGCUGUUUUGUGUUUCUGCAGGAGGAAAGAUUAGUUGGGGGUGGGUGGGAAAUAUGCAACAAGUUCAAUCAAUGACUUUGGAA